UCACUACCAGUGUAACAAAAAAAAAAUGUCAAGGCUUGUUAGAACGCACAAUUUUUGUGUUUAUGUAAUUUGUUUUUAUUGAAGUGACAGUCAUGCAAUCGUCUGCUAAAUACACCAUGUUUGCCGUGAAAAACAUUUACUCUAGUUUAAGACAACAGUUACGGUCGUUUCGCACGGCAUGUAAAUGCCACGACAAACAAGUUCCUAGAUCGUCACCGAUUCGACCGAUCGGUAGAAUAUCAAACUGGGGACAAGCAGGAUUUAUGUUGAUAAUCCCUGUAACAUCUUUUUGUUUGGGUACCUGGCAGAUUAAACGCCGAGAACAGAAAUUAGAGAUGAUAAAACUUCUUGAAGAAAAGACAACCGCUCCACCAGUUCCGUUACCGCAGACCCGGAAAGAAGUUGAAGAACUUGAAUACAGAAAGGUCAAAGUACGGGGGAGGUUUGAUUAUAGCAAGGAAAUGGUUAUUGGUCCCAGACACAAUAUCAUUGCAAAGUUGGGAACAGAAGGAAACAUGCAAGCAACGUCUACGAUUGGUGGCUACAUUGUGGUGCCGUUUAUUUUAUCAGACAGUAAUCGAACAAUAUUAGUUAAUAGAGGAUAUGUUCCAAAACGAUUAAUUCCAGCGGAAAAACGCCCCGAGGGGCAAAUAGAAGGAGAAAUAGAAUUAGUGGGUGUUGUUAGGAAAAACGAGCAGAGAAAUGUUUUCAUGUCCAAAUCGGCAACUGAUCCAACAAAAUAUGGUUAUUGGAUGUAUCGGGACAUAGACCUAAUGGCGGAAAUCGCAAAUACAGAACCAAUAUUUAUUGAUGCAGUCUACGAAUCCACCAUUCCUGGUGGUCCGAUUGGCGGGCAAACAAAAGUACAGUUACGAAAUGAACAUUUGAGCUAUAUUUUUACCUGGUACACGCUGUCUUUUCUUACAUUUUGGAUGUGGAAAAAAACUUAUUAUAACAAAGCCAUACCAGAUAGGGCCAUGGACUAUAUUUCUAGAAUGAAAGCAAAGUGAAGUAAAUAUGUGUCUAGGUAGAUUGUGACAAUAAAAUGAUUUUUUUUGAAGACUUAUAUUAUUAAUUGUAAAAAAAUAUAUAGAUCUAAAUCUGAUUAAAGCACAUAUCCUAUUUU